AUGGGGGGCGUAAGCACGGGAGGUUUGGUAUCAAGUAAAGAGGCGGGUAACAGCGCAGUGGAGGAGGUCAGGUGGGGUGACCCAGUAUUGAGAGAGGGGGUACGUGAUGCGAUUAAGUUUUUAGUGAGCGUUGGAAUGAUUGGUUGGAACGGGGUCAGCGCAAAUAAUUUUAAAAAGAGAAGAUUGGCGCCGUGUGCGGGCUCGAGAGAGGGGAGAUCGGUACUCACGAGACCUGUCGUAGUCCCAAUGAAGCGGACCAAAAAGAAGGCACCAGUGGCAGCUGCUAAGUCCCGCUUUGGAAGAGAAUUGGUGAUAACCUGGAACGAGCGUUCAUUGAGAGUGAUCAUGAGACCUAUUCAUAAAUACGAAAUCAGUAAUGGAGUCUCGACGCCUAAACGCUGA